AUGUCUCAGGCAUUAGAUCCAGAAGAGGUUUACAACAUUCAUUUUUACUUAUAUAAUAUAUUUGAAUAUUUAUUUAAUGGUAGUAUAGGCGCACCGGUUAUUGAAAAGUUACAAAAUGGUGCUAAAGUAUUGGAAUUAGG